UAAUCUAGAAAAAUGCAGUGAUGGCUUCAGUACAGUAAUGUCCACGACAGGCCUUCCAAAAGAUCCUGUAAUAUCAGGGCGAGGUGCUGCAAUACCUUAAUCAACAUAGCAGAACUUAGUGUAGCUAAAAUUGUCCAACAUUUCCUAUUGCAAAUUUGCAGUUGAAAAAUUCAGCACAAAAAACAGAACAAACAGAAGUAAGAAACAGAAAGAGGGAUGACUUUUUGGGAUCUUACAAGCAUUAAGUUGUUGGUGAAAGAAAACCCACUAGAAUUCAAAUUGGGAGGGGAAAAGGAACAAUCUACCUUAGCUUUUAAAGGUCGCCACUAGAAUUUGCAAUAAGAAAACAGGAAAAGAAAAACUUACCGUAAAGGUUUGGUAAUGGCAUUUGAGAUAGCUAGAGCUAGACGGAACCUCACAUCUUCCCUGAGCAACAGUUUCAAGAAUCUCUCAUUCGCAUCUCGAUUUCUCUAGAACUGUGACCAGACCUAACACAAUUAUUAGCUGAAAGCUACUGCUGAAACUUGCAUCUCUAUCCUGAUUCCUGUGCACGACGAAUGGUCGUCAAUGGAAGCAGGGCACUGUGAUUUUGGCAGGAUAUUUUUGUCGUAAAGAAAAAGAAGGUAUUUUCGGUCCAGCUCCGUAAACGAAGGUGGCCAUUUGUGAAUAUCUAUCAAGCGUCAGUGGUCACUUUCUUCACUUGUAAACCUUGGGUGUCUCUUUGCUAUGUAAUUUUUCUCAAUGCUUUAUCUUCAGUUCUAGUUGGGAUGAUACUGAUACUUCUUGCAAAUCUUGAACUAGACUAGAGGAGGUCCCUCUCUUCAUUUGCUAUAACUGCUGCCAUUUUUAUCUAUUCACAGAAAUUGCCUUCUUUUCCUCUCGCUACCUCUCUAUCUUUACGUGAGCAGUGAGCAAGAUCUGUUGUUUGUGUGGCCUGCCUCUCCAGCUAACCGUCAGCGGCUCCUCUCUUAUCCUCUCCCACGCUUCAUGUUCUUACCAGUCAAAACAAUCUAGACGCCCCUGCUCCCUUCCUUCCUAGUUCCCGCCGUUUUCUGUUUGCAACGCAUCCGCAGUGAAGAGUAACCGAAACAUUCCGUCCACAGGAAAAGGUAACAUGGGUAGCGGCGGCAGGGAGAUGAUGCUGAUUCCGGCCCAGGGGCAGGGCCACCUCUUCCCCUGCGCCCAACUCUCCCUCCAGCUUGCCUCUCGCGGCAUCUCCGUCACCGUCGUCCUUCCCUCUGACCUCGCUCCUUCCAUCGCCGCCGCCUGCCACGACCAGCCUCUCGUCCGCGUCUGCCCCAUAUCCCUCCCUCCCCAUCCCACCGACACCCCCCACCAUCAGAUCGUGCGUCUCCGAAACAGCCUCAUAGCCGAACGUUUCACAGAGAUUCUCUCACAGCUGACUACUUCCGAUGGUCCUCCCCCGCCCGUCUGCGUCAUCUUCGACGCCCUCGCCGGCUGGGCGACCGAGAUCUGCGAGCGUUUUGCUAUCCCCACCGUCGCCUUCUUCACCAACGGCACCUGUGCCUGCGCGUUGGAGUACGUCGGUUACCACUUGCCGCUCGAGGGACUGAACCCCGAUGACCCUGUCUCCAUCCCCGGGCUGCCGGAGACCCUCCGCCUGACCUAUGCUGAUCUGUCCAACAAGCCCCCGCCGAGCGCAUGGGCAAGUGAUCGCCGGUUCCCGCCAUGGGUGGCGGACGUCAAGUCGGCGACGGCGUUCCUUUUCAACACGUGCGACGAGCUGGAGCGACCGUUCAUCGAUUGCAUCAGCAGGGAGGCCGGGAAAAAGGCCUUUGGCGUGGGGCCGUUGCUACCGCGUCAGCUCUGGGACUCCGCCGGCGCGCCGCUCCGCGAUGGCGCUGUCAGGUCAAAGCGAGACUGCAGCAUAAGCGAGGACGAGGUGGAGGCGUGGCUCGAUUCCAAGCCCGUGGGGUCGGUGGUCUUCGUGUCCUUCGGGAGCGAACUAAGCCCAAGCUCCGCCGAGCUGGCGGAGCUGGCUGCUGCCCUCGAAGAGUCAGGCCGGCCGUUCAUUUGGGUCAUCCAAGCCGAGGUGAAGAUGUUCACGGCGGGCGUCGGUGCGGAGUCGGCAAAGGAUCCAUGGUUAGGAAUGCUACCGCAAGGAUUCGAAGAGAAGGUGAAGGAGAGGGGGUUGGUGGUGCGCGGCUGGGCACCGCAGCUACUGAUUCUCAGCCACCCGUCGACCGGAGGGUUCGUAUCCCAUUGCGGGUGGAACUCAAGCUUAGAGUCGCUGGCAUGUGGGGUGCCGAUCCUGGCGUGGCCGAUCCGCGGGGACCAGUGGCAGAACGCCAUUUUAGUGGCGGAGCACCUGAGGGUGGGGGCGGUGUUGGCCGUCCGGGGGAAGGGGGCAGUGAAUAAGAAGCAGGUGGUCGAUGGAUUGGAGAAGGUAAUGGGAGACGGAGAGACGAGGAGCAGAGCAGCAGAUCUAAAGAAGACCAUCUUCUCGUCAGGUUUUCCGGCGAGCUCCUCGACCUCCAUCGAUGCAUUCAUCGAUUUGUUUCAAACAGAGUAGCGACUUGGAGCGAGUUGCUUCGUUAUUAUGCAAUGUAAUUGCUCAAAUAAUCAUAAACAACCAAAUCCAACUUUCUGACA